GGCCCACGAUACAGUGUUUUUUAUUUCUUUCUUUGUUUCACGUUCAGAAAGCAACAAUGCUGUAUAUUUGUAGAAAUGUCCAUAUCUGAUCGUUCGCCUGACAUUUUCGUUAUAAUUACCGGACUUGUAUCAGAACCGAAUCCACAGGAGGGAGGAUGAAGCGGCGCAAUGCGGACUGCAGCAAGCUCCGACGCCCGUUAAAACGGAACCGAAUCACCGAGGGUAUAUAUAGCAGUACGUUCCUGUACCUGAAGUUUCUGGUGGUGUGGGUGCUGGUUCUGCUGGCAGACUUUGUGUUGGAGUUCAGGUUUGAGUACCUGUGGCCCUUCUGGCUCUUCAUACGCAGUGUAUAUGACUCGUUCAGAUACCAGGGGCUGGCGUUCUCAGUGUUCUUUGUGUGUGUGGCAUUUACGUCUGACAUCAUCUGCCUCCUCUUUAUCCCUGUCCAAUGGCUGUUCUUCGCUGCCAGCACCUACGUCUGGGUCCAGUACGUCUGGCACACAGAGAGAGGAGUGUGUCUACCCACCGUAUCGCUAUGGAUACUGUUUGUUUACAUGGAAGCUGCCAUCCGCUUCAAGGACCUGAAGAACUUCCACGUGGACCUGUGUCGGCCCUUCGCAGCUCACUGUAUUGGCUACCCCGUGGUGACUCUGGGCUUUGGCUUUAAGAGCUACGUCAGCUACAGGAUGAGACUGAGGAAACAGAAGGAAGUGCAGAAGGAGAAUGAGUUCUACAUGCAGCUCCUACAGCAGGCUCUGCCCCCAGAGCAACAGAUGCUACAGAGACAGGAGAGAGAGGCAGAGGAGGCGGCCAUGGCUAAAGGCGUGUCAUCAGAGGUGGACCUAGCACCUCCGGUCUCCCAAAACGGGGCUACUCCCGGCAAGAAGAGCCCCGUUAACUCUUCUGUCCCCUUACCGGAACUGGAGUACCGGGAGAAAGGGAGAGACGGGAACAGCAAGGAACGGGAGGGCAAACAACAACAACAACACACAAUAGGAAUCAACAACAACAGUAUCCUCCACACACUGGACUCUACAUUACAGGAGACAGAGUAUAUGGAGAACAUGGGGGGGAAGAGACUGAAUAACGACCUCGGAGGAGGAGAGAGCACACACACUCCCAAAGAGGAGGUGGGGGGAACAGGAGGAGGAGGGAAGAACUACAAAAACGCCAGCGGAGGCGGUGGGGCCACCAACUCCUCACCUCGGAAUCACAGCUCCACCAAUGGGAGCGUGCCGUCGUCUGGCUCGUCCAAUAGGAACGAGAAGAAGCAGAAGUCGGCGGGGAAAGGAGCAGCCAAUCAGAAGGAUCCCGUGGAGAACUGCAUUCCCAACAAUCAACUGGGAAAGCCGGACGCUCUCGUGCGGUUGGAGCAGGAUGUGAAACGGCUGAAGGCGGACCUGCAGGCGAGCCGUCAGUUGGAGUCAGAUUUACGUUCUCACCUCUCCUCCCUGACCAGCCAGGACAGGAGUCUGCGCUCAGAGCUGGGCCAGCUGCGACAAGACAACGAGAUGCUGCAGAACAAGCUCUACAGUGCUGUCCAGGCCAAGCAGAAGGACAAGCAGACCAUCUCCCAGCUAGAGAAGAGGCUGAAGGCAGAGCAGGAGGCGCGGGCGCUGGCGGAGAAACAGCUGGCUGACGAGAGGAAGAGGAAGAAGGUGGAGGAAGCCACCGCAGCCCGGGCUGUAGCUCUAGCCGCAGCCUCCAGGGGUGAGUGUACUGACUCCCUGCGUGGUCGGAUCAGAGAGUUGGAGACGGAGUGUAAGAAACUCAGCAUCGACAUGAAACUCAAAGAAGAGCACAUUAGAGAGCUGGAGGGGAAAUGCCAGGAGCUGCGUAAGUACAAGGAGAAUGAGAAGGACAUGGAGGUGUUGAUGUCUGCGCUGUCGGCCAUGCAGGAUAAAACCCAGCACCUGGAGAACAGCCUGUCUGCUGAGACCAGGAUCAAACUAGACCUCUUCUCUGCCCUGGGGGACGCCAAGAGACAGCUGGAGAUCGCACAAGGUCAGAUGCACCAGAGAGACCAGGAGAUAGCAGAGUUGAAACGAAAGAUAGCGGAGGUGAUGGCGGUGAUGCCCAGUAUCUCCUACAGCAACGACAGCAGCAGCCUCAGUCCGGUUACGCCACACUACUCCUCCAAGUUCAUGGACAAUAGUCCCUCUUCCCUGGAUCCCAACGCUUCUGUCUACCAGCCACUCAAAAAGUGACAAUGACACACACAUUAAUACACACUAACGCACACACACACACACUUACAAGAAUACAGAUUUACAAAAGACGGCUUACAUAGUCACAUCCACUCAUACAUACAAAGACACAAACUCUUUGGAAGCGAUUGGAAAAGAUCUCGGUGCUGUCUAAGACGAUCUUCUCCAAAGUGUUUUGGUUGUGUUUUGGUUGUGUUUUGGGAACCAGUUGCGGUCGGAGUCUCAGCCCCGUCGUUCUGUUAUUCUCUGUUUGUUCCCACGGUGAUGCCUUUGUGGGUUUUUAUUUUGGAACAGCUGGAGAGGUAAAACUACACGAGGGAAGAUGUUUAUGUUUUGUGAUUGAGCCACUCGGAUUUGAACUGGUAAGAGAAACGUAAAGGGACACCGGAUUGACUGUAUCCUGAAUGGCGCCCUAUUCCCUACAGCCCAUGAGGAAUGUUCUGAGGGGAGAGAGAGACCGAUGAGGACUGACUGGUAGUUGGUAUAAAUGUCUAGAAAGAACCCAUCGUCUUGUUCUCUCUCUCUCUCUCUCUCUCUCUCUCUCUCUCUCUCAGUGCUUCAUGUUCUCUCUGUGCUUCAUGUUCUCUCUCAGUGCUUCAUGUUCUCUCUGUCUCUCAGUGCUUCAUGUUCUCUCUCUCUCAGUGCUUCAUGUUCUCUCUCUCUCUCUCAGUGCUUCAUGUUCUCUCUGUCAGUGCUUCAUGUUCUCUCUAUCUCUCUCUCUCAGUGCUUCAUGUUCUCUCUCUCUCAGUGCUUCAUGUUCUCUCUGUCUCUCAGUGCUUCAUGUUCUCUCUCUCUGUCUCUCAGUGCUUCAUGUUCUCUCUCUCUGUCUCUCAGUGCUUCAUGUUCUCUCUCUCUGUCAGUGCUUCAUGUUCUCUCUCUCUGUCAGUCCUUCAUGUUCUCUCUCUCAGUGCUUCAUGUUCUCUCUCUCUCUCUCUCAGUGCUUCAUGUUCUCUCUCUCUCUCAGUACUUCAUGUUCUCUCUCUCUCUGUCAGUCCUUCAUGUUCUCUCUCUCAGUGCUUCAUGUUCUCUCUCUCUCUCUCUCUCAGUGCUUCAUGUUCUCUCUCUCUCUCAGUGCUUCAUGUUCUCUCUCUCUCUCAGUGCUUCAUGUUCUCUCUCUCUCUCAGUGCUUCAUGUUCUCUCUGUCUCUCAGUGCUUCAUGUUCUCUCUGUCUCUCAGUGCUUCAUGUUCUCUCUCUGUCAGUGCUUCAUGUUCUCUCUCUCUCUCUCAGUGCUUCAUGUUCUCUCUGUCUCUCAGUGCUUCAUGUUCUCUCUCUCUGUGCUUCAUGUUCUCUCUGUCUCUCAGUGCUUCAUGUUCUCUCUCUCUCUGUGCUUCAUGUUCUCUCUCUCUCUCUCUCUCUCUGUGUGCUUCAUGUUCUCUCUGUCUCUCAGUGCUUCAUGUUCUCUCUCUCUCAGUGCUUCAUGUUCUCUCUCUGUCUCUCAGUGCUUCAUGUUCUCUCUCUCUCUCAGUGCUUCAUGUUCUCUCUCUCUCUCAGUGCUUCAUGUUCUCUCUCUCUCUCUCAGUGCUUCAUGUUCUCUCUCUCUCAGUGCUUCAUGUUCUCUCUCUCUCUCUGUGCUUCAUGUUCUCUCUCUCUCAGUGCUUCAUGUUCUCUCUCUCUCUCAGUGCUUCAUGUUCUCUCUCUCUCUCAGUGCUUCAUGUUCUCUCUCUCUCUCAGUGCUUCAUGUUCUCUCUCUCUCAGUGCUUCAUGUUCUCUCUCAGUGCUUCAUGUUCUCUCUCUCUCAGUGCUUCAUGUUCUCUCUCUCUCUCAGUGCUUCAUGUUCUCUCUCUCUCUCAGUGCUUCAUGUUCUCUCUCUCUCAGUGCUUCAUGUUCUCUCUCUCUGUCAGUCCUUCAUGUUCUCUCUCUCUCUCUCAGUGCUUCAUGUUCUCUCUCUCUCUCUGUCUCUCAGUGCUUCAUGUUCUCUCUCUCUCUCUGUCUCUCAGUGCUUCAUGUUCUCUCUCUCUCAGUGCUUCAUGUUCUCUCUCUCUCUCUCUCUCUCUCAGUGCUUCAUGUUCUCUCUCUCUCAGUGCUUCAUGUUCUCUCUCUCUCUCAGUGCUUCAUGUUCUCUCUCUCUCUCAGUGCUUCAUGUUCUCUCUGUCUCUCAGUGCUUCAUGUUCUCUCUCUCUCUCAGUGCUUCAUGUUCUCUCUCUCUGUCAGUCCUUCAUGUUCUCUCUGUGCUUCAUGUUCUCUCUCUCUCUCAGUGCUUCAUGUUCUCUCUCUGUCUCUGUCUCUCAGUGCUUCAUGUUCUCUCUCUCUCUCUGUCUCUCAGUGCUUCAUGUUCUCUCUCUCUCAGUGCUUCAUGUUCUCUCUGUCUCUCAGUGCUUCAUGUUCUCUCUCUCUCUCUCUCAGUGCUUCAUGUUCUCUCUCUCUCUCAGUGCUUCAUGUUCUCUCUCUCUCUCUCUCAGUGCUUCAUGUUCUCUCUC